AUGUUGAAAAGUCUUUUUAUAUUCUUGUUUCUUGUUUAUGUAGACUGUUUUCAAUAUACUGAUAGAAUUUUGCUUUCUAAAAUUCAAGUACUUACAUUUUAUAAGGAAAAAUACACAAAAUCUUUGAGAUUUAAGCCCUCUCCUCAGAUGAUAUGUGUAGGAGGUGAUGCAAAGGGUUUAUAUGAGUUGAAUGAGAUUCAAUGUAGAAAUAUAGGAAGUGAAUAUUAUACAGAAGAUGUUCAAUGGAGCUGUUCUUCCAUUUUGCCAUCAUUUUAUAAACUUGGAAGAACAAAUGUUGUUUGUGAAGGCUAUAGUGGUUCAGAUGAUAGAUACGUUCUUAAAGGAAGCUGUUUUGUAGAAUAUACACUUCAUUUGACAGAAGAAGGGAAAAUAUAUUAUAAAAAACAAAGAAAUUUCUUUUUUGAUACAAAAAAAGACUUGUACACUUAUGCUAAUAUGUUUCUUCACUACUUGAUAACGUUUUCAAUUGUUUAUAUUCUUUAUUUAUUAUUGAAAAAGGCUAGAACUGUAUUUCAAAAUUGGCAUCCAGGGAACUGGUUUGGUGGUGGUGGCGGUGAUUAUCCGGGAGGAUCACCUCCACCUUAUUCAGGGCCAUAUCAUGGUAAAACUUAUCAAUCAUCUAGAUCUCCAUGGACACCAGGAUUUUGGAGUGGUCUCUUAGGAGGAGCUAUUCUAAGUCAUAUGAUGCGUGGUUCAAGAGAACGUUAUACAUAUCCUAAUGAACCUAUUUAUCGCAACAGAUUUUGGGAAAAUGAAUAUAUACAUCAUGAUAAUGAUACAAGAGAUAAUACAAUUAAUUAUGAAAUGAGAAGAUCUACAGGUUUUGGUGGAACAAGACGUCGUUAA